AUGAACUCGAACAGUGAACAUGAAAAUGGUGAAAAUUAUUAUAAAGGUGCGACUGAUAGAUCUGAUGGUAGAUGCAAACCAGAUAAUUAUGAUGGCUAUAACGGCCAGCCAAAGGAAGCACGGGUGGCUUAUAUUGCAUGUGUUAUUCGGAAUGUUGAAACCUUCAACUAUUUUCUCUCUCUUGCGGACCAAGUUAACCUUGAUAUUAUGGACCUAACAGAUUCACUGAAGCCAAUGAGUCUCCUUCCUUACAUGCAGUUAUACCAACAAGCCGAUAUAAAACUUCUGCACAUCACCUUAAGCAUUUGUGACAGUUGA